UUUGAAUCUUUUGUAGACGACCUUCACAAUUUUUUGAGUCACGUUAAAUUUUGGAAAAACAGUGCAGCAACAGUCAGCCAAAGAAUAUUCGACAUUUCUGUCAAUGUAACAAUGUUAACUUUAAGUAUUCUGCUAAUUAUUUCGGAAACUCUUGACAUUAAGAACAGCUACGACUUGACGAGUUCCGCCGCGCAUAUAAACCCAAUUUGCUUCCACUUGAACGGGUUGCUCAAGUGGUGCUUCGGGUUGAUUAAGUUGAAUGAUAUCGAGGAGAUUCUGGCUAAAAUGAAACGUUGCCACAGGCUUUGUUUGAACUAUACCGACAGUGAAAAAGAAAUUCAUCGAUAUAAUUUGAGAAUGUUGGAGUACAAGCAAAAUGUGAUUAAGUUUGUGUACAUUUGGCUUAUUCUUCUUGUCUACGGAGUCAAUCAGUGGUGCCUGGACCCGAUAAUGAAAGACCUGUAUCACAAUUUGUACGGCCAAAAGAUGAUAAAUUCAAGCUUUGACAGACACUUACCCUACCCUGGACUGUUUCCUUGGCAUGUUGAUAAUUUUUCAAAGUAUGUAAUGACUUUUGGAUUUCAGUAUGUUAGCGCGAUUGCCGCGGCUCUUGAAAUAGCGGGUUAUGAUAUCCUUAAUGUAAUUCUUUUGGUUAAUGUUUACUACAAUUUGGAGCAUUUAAAUGAGAGUUUAUUCAAAAAUACGGACAAUUUAUCAAUAGUCAGCCAACACAAGUUAGUUCAAAAAUUGUUUAUAUCGAGCUAUCCGAUGUUCAUACUUUGUUUAGACAGUACUAUUGCUUUGUGUCUAGUCUCUUUAGAAGCAUCUGCGAUGAAAAUUGAUUCGAGUGUCGAGUGCAUUAUGAAGAUUAUGAAUAUGGGGAUAUAUUGGAUAGGCAUUGCUUUGCAAUUGUUUAUUUUUACAUUUCUAGCGUCUUCAAUUGAAGAAUUGGGAUUACAAACUGCAGAUGCAAUUUAUUCUUGCAACUGGGAGCGAUCUGUAGUUGAAUAUAGAGGCGAAUCCACUGUCGAACACAAACGCGUAAUAGUCGAAGUAAAUCAAUUGAUAACUUUUAGUUUGAUGCGCGCUCAAAAACCGAUUGUUUUCAUGGGAGGAAAAUUUUACAUUCUGUCUUUGCAAACUUUCAAAGCCCUCACAGGAUUUUCUUUAUCCAAUGCCGUUGUACUGCGCCAACUUUCCAGCGAA